CAUGUUUACAGCUGACAGGGCUGGAGAGAGGGGCGACUGAACGGAGCUGAACAGCUGCACAAAGGAAACAAAAAGGAAACUAGUGUGUUGUUGUUGCCCAGGCAGUGAGGCUCAGUUAGGGGGGGUAACAGUGUAGGACAACAGGGGUUUUAUUUUGUUCGAGGCAAGGAUAGCUUUCAAGGGACCUGUGCUCUUAAUGCAAACUGAGGACCACUUGAGAAGCCAUGACCAGAACACCUGAACUAUUAAUGCUCCUGUCUGCUCUCUGCUGCUGCCUAGCGGACAAUGUGGGGCUGCUCCGCGCUAAGAGAGGGACUCGUUUUUACAGAGGUGAGCCUGACAGGCAGCCAGCCAGACGGACGCUUUUGGUUAUUCAUGUCGAGAAGUCUUCACCUUCCUUUGACACCUCCUUACAUUGUGUGGAUAGUGAGUCGUCAGCAGUGCGUAGUUAUGGGGACACUUGGCUGCGAUGGAGGGGACAGCGUGUGGAGUAUUGUCGUUGUGCAUUGAGAGGACGAGAGCGUUGUCAUAUUGUACCCGUCAUCAACUGCUACAUGUCUCAGUGCUACAACGGAGGAACCUGUAAGGAGGCUGUGUACACUUCAGACUACAUUUGCCAGUGUCCCCCAGGCUUCAGUGGGGCUCAGUGCGAGAUCAACACCAAGGAGAGGUGUGUUGUGGGGCAGGGUGAAGGGUACCGCGGCACGUGGAGCAUCACCCAUUCAGGAGCAGAGUGCAUCAACUGGAACUCUACGUCUCUGAGAGGACGGAAGUUCACAGCGAGAAAAGUGGACGCCACCAGUCUUGGACUGGGCAAUCACAACUUCUGCAGGAACCCUGACGGUGACACCACUCCUUGGUGUUACAUCUAUAAAGGGACUCAGAUCGUUUGGGAGUUUUGCUCAAUGCCCAAAUGUCCGGAAGAUAAGUACCAAGAAUGUGUGCAAGGCGACGGUCAGUCAUACAGAGGCACAACAUCUGUCACCAAGAGCGGCUCUCGCUGCCUCCCAUGGGACUCUCCUGCCAUCAAGCAUAAGCUCAACAAUGCUUGGAAAUCUGAAGCACUGGAACAGGGGCUGGGCAGCCACAGCUUCUGCAGGAAUCCAGAUGGUGAUGAAGGUCCAUGGUGUCACAUCUACAAGAACUUGCAACUGACCUGGGAGCUGUGUGACAUACCUAAAUGCUUGAGACGUCCAUCCAUCAUCACCACUCUUGGCCCUCGUGCCCCCACAACCAACAACAACGGAGCAACGUGUGGCCAGCGGUUAGACAACACCCUGAAUCACCCAGUGUUCCGCAUGUUUGGGGGCAGAGUGAGCGACAUCACGGAGCAGCCAUGGCAGGCGGCCAUUAAUGUUUACCAGGCCCGCCUCAGAAAACAUUUUCACCGAUGUGGAGGAGUCCUUAUCGACUCUUGUUGGGUCCUGUCUGCUGCGCACUGCUUCGAGGACAAUGCCAAGGCAGAAAAAUUGGAAGUGGUUUUGGGAAGAACAUUUCGAAAACAGAAUUCCAGCAGUGAGCAGAUUUUCAAGGUUGAGAAGUACUGGAUCCACGAGAAAUUUGACAACGAAUCUUUUGACAAUGACAUCGCUCUCUUGAAGCUAGAGACGGACAUUGGCAUGUGUGCUGUAAACUCUCCAGAGGUUGGUCCUGCGUGUCUGCCUGAACGUGGGCUGGAGCUGCCGGACUGGACCGAGUGUGAGAUAUCCGGCUAUGGAAAAGACUCAGAGUUUUCUGCAGAGUACUCUGAGCGUGUUAAGAGAGGCUACGUCCGCCUGUGGCCCAGAGAGCGCUGCGUUCCAGAUGUGCUGUCUGGACGCACAGUUACCUCCAACAUGCUGUGUGCAGGUGACACCCGAGGCCUGGACGAUGCCUGCAAGGGUGACUCUGGUGGCCCGCUCGUCUGUCGAAACAAUAACAGGAUGACUCUGAUGGGUGUGAUCAGCUGGGGCGAUGGGUGCGGGCAGAAGGAUAAGCCUGGGGUCUACACCCGUGUCACCCAUUACAUCGACUGGAUCAGCGACAAAAUUAAGGCCAAUCCGGUCUAAAGAAAGACUGACUGCAAAGAUGUUGUAUGACCAUACACAGUGGGUGAAACAGCAGAUUUGUUUAUCAUUUAGAAGAUGGACAGAGAGUUCCACAGGACUCUGAUUCUGUUGUUUAUGUGUUGAUCUAAAUCCAAGCUGAUGGAGGUUUGAAACCAGAAGCACCCCUCCGACAGAGGCGCACAAAACGGACAUCGUUUUGAGUUUUCAUGCUCAAUGUGGCUCCGUGCUCUCAAGUUUUCUGUUCGUAACUGUGCUGAAUGUGACAGUAUAUACGGACAGAAACACAGGAAAACCCCUUUUUCCUCCCUCUGGGCCAUCUUGAUCACAAUAAUAUUUUUUAUCUUUUCAUGCAAGCAAAGUUUUUGGAAUAUUGCGUCCACCUAGCUGGAGGUUAGGCAGUGAACCUAACAGGAAAAAUAGGAAAUAACAGUGUUCCUCUGCUCUGUCUGGCUGGCUUUAUGCUGGUUUAUACAAAGACGUCACAGUGGUAGACUUUUGGUCAAUAGCACUUUUAGUCCAUUUGAACACUCCACUCAACACAAGCAUUUACUUUGCACAGUACAGUUAGUCACACAGGAAUGUAGGCAAAGAUCGUGUCAAAGACUUGUCAUGUAGAUAUGAGGUUAUGUUGGCUAAAUUAGUCUUAAUGCAAGGUUCUCUGUGUCUGCUUACUACGAGGCUUUAGGCAGUUCCAGACCAAAACACAAGACGUACCUGCCGGUUCAGAUUCUGCUUGUUUUUGCAGUUUGAACUCCUCUAGCUCCCUGCUGCCUUAUAGAUGGGAUUAGAUUUGGACAAGUGGAAGCUCUGAGAUACUCACUACACACAAUAAACAGGUGCCUCGUGUAAAUGCAAUUCCCAGAGGACUUCUCCACCAGACACCUGGGUUGAGCCCAGCAUGUAUAUAACAUGUAUAUUGUCUGAAUAUUGAUUUUAUAUUGAAAAUGACUUCUUUCCUGUUCUUCUUUAAACUGCUUAUUGACUGCAAAGCUUUUCUCCUUAACAAAUUCGCUUUGUUCUGUGACUUGUGUUUAGAUAUUGUUUUUUUUUUUUUUUUACUAAGUUAAUAUUUAUGUGUAUUUUAUAUUGUAUGAAACAACUUUUGUACUGUGUGUGCUGUAGUUUGAUAAUUUAUUGUCUCUGUCAUUAUAACCACAUCUGGCAACAUACUCCUUUGUCAAUAAAUAAUAUU